AUGGCCAGCUGGGUGUUCUGUAAUUGCUGCUUCCAGCCACCCAGCCAGGCGUCCUGCUUCAGCCUGACCAACUGCGGGCACGUGUACUGUGAGGCCUGCCUCGGCAAAGGUAAAAAGGAUGAAUGCAUGAUUUGUAAAGUUCCUUGUCGCACAGUUUUACUUUCAAAACAUACGAACUCAGAGAUUCAGACGUUCUUUAUGGACAUAGAUGAUCUGUGUAAGAAGUUCUCCAGAGAUAUGUCCCAGAUUUUAGAAUUUCAAGAAAUGCACAGGAAGAGAUUGUUAGCCUUCUAUCGAGAACAGAUUUCCAUGCUGGAGGAGUCCCUUAGGACGUCGUGGCUGCGGAUAGAAGAGCUGUGGAGUAUGAGAUCGUCACAACAAGCAGCUUUCAGCCCAAUAAGAAAUUCCGUUUCAACUCCUUAUGCAAAACCAGGGGGACGCCUGUGGCAGCCGCUCAGCUCCUUGGCCCGUGACAGUGUGCACAUCUCUCUCAAGGCCUGGACCAUCACCCACCCGGGGAGGAGUACUGGCUGGGUGGAUCUUGGUGGGGUUCUUGCCCUGAAGCUCUUCAGAGGGGGGUUCCUGAAGUGCAGGAAUCUGCAGAAUCUGGAAUGGACUGUGGAGGAGCAGAGGCGAAAGCUGAGCGGCUGGAUGAAAAGAGAAAAGGCCGUGCCUCCAGUCAAGCACCGGGGCUCCUGA